AUGGACAGCCGAAAAAGGAAUGUAUCUUGGUGCAGUCUUAAAUCGAUACAAAUUUCUCUGCAAAACAAAACAGCCGAAGAAUGCCACGAGAACUUACAGGCAAGCAUUAAACAAUCUAUUUCAAAGUUAUCUAUUUCGAGACUUGAUGCUUUAUCGUCUCUGUUGGAUGAACUUGUAGUGCAUAAGUUUUUAACAUUUGACCAGGCGUUUGAUGAGUACAUAGGAAAGAUCCCACCAGGACAUUGUGCAAAGGAUCUGAGAAGUGCAAAAAAAAGGUUUCAAACGGUUCUGCUGUCACACAAAGGGCUCCCUGUUAUCAUAAUACAGAACUAUGGAAUGAGGUAUGAAAGUUUUCCCCUUUAAUAUUUUGGGUUGUUUAUAUGGUUGUCGUGGCAACACACUUGUACCCAGCCACAGAAUGCUAUACAGAAAUCUAUCUCUAUUGUUUUCUGCGUAUAAAGCGCGAUUCGUCAUUGAUUCGUGCUUUGUAGCAAGCGCUGUAAACAGAAGCAGUCACCCCCCUGAAAAUAUACAAAAUGGCACUAUUUCAGGGGGGUGACUGCUUCUGUUUACAGCACUUGCUAUAAAGCACGAAUCAAUGACGAAUCGCGCGUUAUGCAGAAAACAAUAGAGUUUGAUUUCUGUGUAGUAUUCUGUGACCCAGCCCCCUUUCUAGUCUCUUCUAUGCCAACGUCGUCAACAAAAGGUCAACAGACAUACUCGUUCCCAGGGCUUGGCUGCCUUUGUUGUCCUGCGACAAGCUGAAAUGGAAUGCGAGUAUGGAUGAGCAAACACUGGGUGUUCCGGUUUCGGCUUAUCCCAGGGUUUAUGGCAAUGCAGGCAGCCAAGAAGCCCUGAGAACGAAGAUGGUCUACAGGAGGAAAUUUCUGAAAAGGAAGGGAAGAGGCUGGGGACUAGUGUGUGUUGCCGUGAUAUUUAAUAAACCAGCCAAAAAUAUUCACUUUGGUGCACCCACCAAGUGUGCCAAGUUUCUUUGAAUUUUUUAUUUAAAUUAUCAUCAAAUAUUAAAAUAUACACCUCAAAAUAUAGAAACUGUGAUAAACUUGAGAAUGAUAUGAGAUAUGGAUAAACUUUAAAAUAUACAAACAAACAUGGCUUUAUGUAUUGUCUGUUGAUGUAUUUUUUUAUUGACUUUUAAUGUUUAGAUCUGUGUGCCUGCUAGAAAAACCAUUAGAACAUUUCAAAUUCUUACAAGCAUUAGACGAAGCUCUGCAGGGCCGAGAAGAUGACAUUCAGCCAUCAUGCAUCCCCGAGGCACUAGCUGGGCAGGUACCAACCUUAUUGAAGCUGAUGUCCACAUCACGUGAUAGAGCUGUUUUGCAGUUUGUUCUCGCAAGCAUUUAUUCAAACAGUAACCUUCAUAAAAUGUUAGGCUAUGUUUCUGUAACAGUCAAUGCGAUGAAGGAACAAGUAUGUGAUUUUCUAUCUCAAGUUGAAAUAGCUCAAGAAUGUUCCAUGGAAAAAUCAGAAAAAGCUGUUGAGAUAGAGAUUUGCAAACUUGAAAAGACUAUUAUUCAAUCCGAGCAUUCUUUGGAAAGAAAAAGAAAGCGCUUAGCUUUGGACGAAGUGGAUGAUCUUGAAUACGAGUUAGAAAUAAAACGGCAACGUUUAACAAAACUGCGUCAGAAACCAAAACAGAUGAUGAAACGAAAGGCAAAGCGUCACUUUUGCUCUUGGAAGAAUUCUCUGAAGAGGCAAACUGGUAAGAACAAAGGGAAAUUUCGUAUUCAUAGAGGAGCAGAACAGGCAGUGUACGAGGUUCUAGAGGAACAACUAAAGGCACAUCGCAGGAGAUGGGGAGAAGAAGGUACAGGGUACUUAGAAAGCCACCAGAAAAGACUUCAUAAGCGAGACAUGAGACGUAUUGCCAACAAAUACCUGGCCACCCACAAACAACUGUUAAUCAAGAGUUGUGAGACAGUACGUUCAUGGGGCAAAUGUAGGAAUAAACGCAGUAAUCAGUCGAAACAACAUCGCGGUAGGAACUUGUGGUCCUUUGUUAGGUCGCAGAAGAACUUAAAGAAUGACCAUAUAAAUGUCCACUAUAAUAGAGUACACAUUAAGAAUUAUACUCGGUUAUCAUAUGGGGGCAAUAUCGAUAGUCAUUUGGUUGUUCGUAGGGCAAUGGAUGACAAAGCAUACAUCAGAUGUGGUACCUCCGAAGGAUUUUCCCGGCCUCUUCAUCGUCCAGUACAGGUAACCGAUUCACAUUUUGAUAUGCCAGCCUCGGACUACCCAGAUACUGUUGGCUAUGUUAGCCCUGGCGUGAUAAUGGUUGUUAAAUCCAUGAAACAAGUGGCUGAUCAUAAAGGUAACGAUAACUACUCUGUUAGUGAUAGUUUGAUCACGGCAACAUGCAAGCCAAAACAUUAUUAUCCAAGCAGCGCUACAAACUGGCAGAAUGACAUGGCAGCGAUCCGAUAUUUGUUUCGAGACGAGUAUGAAAUUGAAGGUUCCACAACUACCACAUUUAUAGAAAAACUCCCAGAGGUUCUAUUGGCACACUUUGUUUGGCUGAGGGACUCACUAUUUCAGUAUGAACUGAUGUGUAUACCUGAAGAUUACACAAGAAUAGUCGAUGGUGGUGAUCAUAUUGCGAGGGAAAAAAUAAGACACAAGAUUUUGCUUCAAAGGCUAAAAGAUUGCAUCAAAUCUUUCCAAUCAUGUAAUGUCUCACUCGAUGAAUAUGUAAAGAUCAAUGAGGGAAUGGUGACACUGCAAGACUCGAUUACGAAAGAAAUUCGUAAGUGCAAUGUGUUCUCAAAAUAGGUUACAGUGCAUUAUUCAAUAAACUUUGCGUUAUUGAUGUUGAUACAAUCAAAAUCCAGUAAAUUUUGUAUCUAAAUAAUAAAAAAGGUAUUAAUCGCCUGCAUUGUCUUUCAUAGUCACAGUUUUUAGCGACGAAACCAAUAAAUUUAGCCAUGAAGACAUAAUAGAAAGAUAUAACAUCAUAACUGCCAGCUGCAAAGAACUCCGCCUUCUCUUGGAAAACUUUUAUGGACUUCCACAGCAUAAGUAUGUUACACAUGUUCAUGCAAAUUCUAGUUUAUAAUGACCUACUUUCGAAAUUUAAUUAUGUUUCCUCUUCAACUGUUAUAUAGCUGACUUUUCUCGAAUAAUCUUCAUAUUUUGCCUUAUCAUUUUGGCUUUUAUCAUUUUCAUGCUGUACUUGUACCUUGUUUCAUUUUCGCUAGUACUCCUGGUAGAUCAUCAUGUGGCCACGAAUAAACAAUAUGUACAUUCUUCAAAAGUCAUACACUCAGUUUAAUAGCAUUAUUAAAUAUUAAUACAUCAUCUCAACAGGCCAAUUGACAUCCAGACUACGGACACUGGCCCUGGCGUGUCAAGUCAUGAACGUAUGACACAAUUUCGUAUGGCGGAGAGCUUUUUGAUUAAUGGUCUUGAUAUGCAGUGCAGGUUUCAUUAUGCGUCUGGUACGGUAAAUCAUGAUUUUUAUGUUUAUGAACUAUUAAAAGGCAAACCAGGUCAAACAUAUAAACAUGGUAUACACUAUUUAUGUACUAUUUAAAAAACGAGCAGGAGUGUUUUAUUAGGUUUAAAGCCACGAGCGCGCAGCGCGAGUGGCUUUAGACCUAUUUAAUAAUAAAACACGACCUGCGAGUUUUUUAAAUGGCUUCAAAAACGUUUGCAUAAUAAGUCAAAUUUAAAAUUUAAAAAAUCUUUAUAUAAAAAUCUUUAUAUAAAAAUCUUUAUAUAAAAAUCUUUAUAUAGUUUGCAUAACAAUGGUCUUUUGUUAAAGUGUUCUUUAGCUGGUAUAAAGACGUAUGCACGUGACUAAUUUCUUGCUCAAGAUUGGAUAAUUGCUUCAUGAAUUAUUAAUGAGUUUUUGAAAUAUAUAUAUGGAGCAUGUGCCCAUGUGCAAAUGAAUAAUGUGCCCAUAACCAUUUUCAUGUUAACAUUGAACUUUUUUCUUUUUAACGCCCCCAAAAUAUUCAUUUGUUGCAGGGGAUUCUUCCACCCACGUUGCAGAACGAGUCAUGCGCUCACUGAACGAAUGCUUGGGGGAUGGGCGUUCAAUACCUAUACCACAUGAUAAAGACACGAUCAUCUCUUCGAAGGGGGAAACAAGACUUUUGGACCUCACCAAAGAUGAGCUCAACAAAUUUAAAUCGGAGAGACACAUGGAUGCGGCUAAUGAAUGUGCGAAACGUGUGAAAGAGCGUAUUGAUGGGAAAAAAUGCAUGGGUACUUCAAUCCACGCAUUCAUGCCACAAGAAGAUCAUCGGUCUUUCUACUUUGACGAGGCAUUUGUGACAAAAUGCCUUAAUGCUAGUUCUCCUGUAUCGCUGGCAACCUGUGCCGGUAGUGCAUACUUUACGUAUGUACAAGAUUUCUAUAAGGAUCACUAUUAUUUAUAUGAUAACGGAUGUGAGGGCAUACGCAGUGGCUGUUCCGAGAAAGACAGUGCACAUAUUUGUCAUUUUCAUAAACAGACUGAGAACAGUAGUCGUUGUGGUUGGAAAGGUGUACCUCUCAAGCGGUUGCCGCCACCUGUUCCAGAUUACGGUCAAGAAAGCUUUCAUUACUGCACUCUAAAUCAAGUGUUAAAAGGUGACAUCACUGAAAAAUUUGGUCUUGAGAAAGAGAAAGUAAGAGAUGCAUGCCUGAGGAAUAAAGAUGACUUUUGCCCACGAAAGCAGCUUGAAAACUUACAGGACCGCUGUGGAGAGCCUAUCCUUGAUUUAUGCGAGAAAACGCAGGAGGAUGACAGCAUUUUUGUCACUGUUGUUGACCGAAAUGACACUCAGAAAUGA